AUGAAAAACCCGCAACUUUUUCAAGAUAAAGCAAUAUUAGCCCCUACACUAGAGGUUGUUAAAAUGAUAAACACUUACAUGCUUUGCAUGAUAGCUGCACCAGAACAUGAAUAUUUGAGCUCCGACUCUGCUUGCGAUCUGAUGAUGAUUCUGAAAUCCAAGACCAAGCAACAAGUUUAUGCAAUGGAAACCAAGUUAACUGUGGAUGAAUUUGGUGAACGUGUUAUUGGUGCAAUUGUUAUCACGGGAACAAAUGCUAAUGACAAAGUGCACAUUUCAAGAAUGAACUCGGUUCCUUUUGAUUCCAAAUUUCCAAUUAAAUUCAGAAGAAAACAAUUUCCAAUUGCAGUAGGCUUUGCGAUGACCAUAAACAAAAGCCAAGGACAAACACUAUCUCAGGUUGAGCUCUUCCUUUUGAGGUCUGUCUUCACUCAUGAUCAGUUAUAUGUAGCUCUCUAUAGAGUACUGUAA